AUGCUUCCUCGUCUUAUGCUCCUCGGCGGCCUGCCCCUUGCUGCCCAAGCUUUCACCCCCGCAGUUGUCCCCAAGGAUGUCUCUGCCGUCAAGCGCUUCGACUUCAAGGAGGCUGUUGCCGUCCACGAGGUCCGUCACUUCAAGACCACCUCUGCCGUCGCUUCUUGCCCCGAGACCGUCACCAACUGCCCCAUCGGUUCCGUCACCAGCGAGACCAUUGUUGUCACUCCUACUCCUACCCUCACCCUGACCAGCUACAGCACCUACACUGUUACCAAGUGCCCCGAGACCGUCACAAACUGCCCCGUCGGCCAUGUCAGCACCGUCACCGUGACCUGGUGCCCUGCCUCCAGCGACAUCCACACUCUCCCCGGCGGCAACGUCUGCGUUGGCAGCGGCUGCGGUGUCCCCAGCACCGCUGCCCCCGGCGUCUCGACCACCGGUGGCAACUCUCCCAACCAGCCUCAGCCCACUGGCGGCAACUCUGGCCCCAAGCCCUCUGGCAGCUCCCCCGCCAUUCCCCAGACCACUGGCGGCAACUCUCCUCACCAGCCCCAGACCACUGGUGGAAACUCCCCCAACCAGCCCCAGACCACUGGCGGUAACUCUCCCAACCAGCCUCAGCAGAGCCACCCCCCUACCUGGGGCAGCAACUCCACCAUUGUUCCUCUGCCCGGCACCAGCCAGAGCCUCACCACCUCCUUCACCAGCAAGAACUCCCCCAACGCCCCCACCACUGGCGUCACUCCCGCUCCUACCAGCGGUGCUCUUGCCAACGCUCCUGCCUUCGUCGCCGUCUUUGUCGGUGCCCUCUUUGCUACUCUUCUGUAA